AUGUUCAAUAAGAUCGCCCAGUACCGAGUUUUAAGCACCAUUGAUCUCCAAAGUGCGUAUCAUCAAGUACCAAUUAAGGAUGAAGACAAGCUGUACACAGCCUUGGAAACUCGGCACGACUUGUAUCACUUUACUCGCUUGCCAUUUGGCGUCACUAACGGUGUGGCUUGUCUCCAGAGAGAGAUGAUGAAGUUUGCUGCAGAGAAUAAUCUUGAGGCAGUUUUUCCGUACCUUGACAAUGUAACUGUUUGUGGUUUGCUAUGCCUUGUUUUGAAAAUAACUGAUACAAAGUAUUCGAACCCUCGAAGGGAAGAUCUUUCGAAAGAAGACGAAACAGAGCGGCAGAUGAUGUCCGAGGUGCGCGAACAGUUUCGUUCAAAUAUGGAAGGCAAGGACACAACCCAUGGCCUUUAUUAUCAUCUUCAGUCACUUGGAUUAAAUGUAAAAGCGGCAGAGGAUGGAAGUUUAAAAAUAACAGUGGAGUGUCGUACAUUGAAAGUUCUUCAGUGCCUAUGGGAGGAAUACACCUCCGGUUGUCUUAAUACAACUGCUGAGAGUUACUUUUUGACAGAUGACAUGAAGAGAAGAUAUAAUGUGACAUCUGUCAGCUUGAAAACAACAAUUUUGGAAGAGGAUUACUUGGCGUGCAAAAAUUUUCUCGUUGCUCACGAGAAUCAACAAUUAUCAACAAAUAAAGGAGAAUAUUUGUCCCAGGUUCAGACCGAGACGGCUUUUACACCUGACAUUCCUGCCGCUGAAAAAGUUGGAUCCGGAGCCAGUGGACUAAAUUAUGAAGACAACUUAGAACACAUGCAAGCUGCAAGGCGGUUAUGUCAAGAGGAAGAGACCCAAGAAAUGGAGUCUGGAAAGCUAUCGCAGGCAGACUCCGUCAAAAAACCUAUCAGGGAAGUGCAUCAGAACGGUCAGCCUCCCGUUAAAGUUGUCCAAGUCUCAGGAGAGGAGGGGGAGAAAAAAAUGAGAAUAACACUGAAGUGCCCCGAUUUGAACAGUCUUCAAAGCUUAUGGGAAGAUUACCCUUCUGGUUGUCUGAAUGCUGCAGCAGCGAGAUGCCUACUGACAGACAAAAUCAAGGAGAAAUUUGGUGUGGAGUCGAUAAGUGUAGAGACGACUAUUUUGGAGAAAGAUUACCUGGCGUGCAGAGAGUACCUAUCGGAAAAUAUUGGUGAAAAAAAUAUGAUAAAAGAAGAAAGAGAGCAGUUGGAAAAGAAAGAGGAGGUAAAGAAACAAGAUAAUGAAGAAAGCAAGAUCAUGGAAGAUAAGGAAAGGAUAACAGAAAGGAAAAAAGGAGAAAAAGGAGGAAAAAAUGAGGAAAAGAGAAGAAAGUGA